GACUCCUCUCUGCUCGGAGGUUCCUUGGCAGCCAGCAGUUGAUGUUCGUAAAUGGCGGCGAUUUGAUGUGAGCGUGUAGGUCGGUGGUAUCGAGAUGACGGCCUGUCACUAAAUACCGGAAGGCGAUGGGCACUCAAAAACCGGGCGAGUGGGCACAUCUGCUGAUUGCGCGUUUCGAGGACCAGCUCCCAUGCCGUGCUGGUCCUCAAACAACACACUCUCGCAUCAACGAAGAAAAGAAUAAAAAAUGUCUGAUCCAAAUAUCCCGUUACCGAUUCUCGCUGGUUAUUUCUGGCCUUACAAAAAUGCUGCAACGUGUCAACGAGUUGGCACCUUGCGGUGUUGGUCAACGUUCAUUCCAUUUUUCCGAUCAAGAUCGUCACUGCUACGAAUCGAUUAUCAUAGUCUUGGAUACGCUAGAACGCUGCCUCAGUAAUCAACCCAAAGACACAACAAAGUUUGACGAAACGAUGAAUGUAAAACUAUUGUUGAGAGAGAUUUGCCAAUUCAUCGAUGUGCCCAAUGACAGUCCGCAGCACGCGCAUCUCAAGAAUCUUGCCAGCAAGGUCCUCUUUGCCCUUAGUUUAAAUUUCUUCAAUGCAGUCUUUAAUAGAAUUUCAGCCAGACUUCAAGAGCUGUCAGUAUCGAACGAAGAAAAUCCAGAUUACAGCGACAUAGAACUUAUACAGCAUAUCAACGUUGAUGUUCAUAGAUUGACGAGGCUUUUAAAUGAAACGAUUCAGAAGUUCAAGCAGCUGAAAAAGUCGGCGCAUCUUGUGCUGAUAAAUUCGCUAGAGAAGGCAAUAUGGAAUUGGAUGGAUACUUACCCACACGAGUUCGCCAAUCUUCAGAAAAAGCCAAACGACGAUUUGUCCAAAGUGUGUGGAGAGCUAUUCGACAUUCUAGACACAUUUGCCGACAACAAAAAGGGCAGAGCAGCUGCCGUUUGGCCUCUACAGAUAAUGCUGCUGAUUCUCUCUCCGAAAGUACUUGAAGAAAUUGUAAACGCAGAUUCGGGUGCGCCUUGUUCUCCUAGGCAUUCGAAGAAAAAACAGUUCAUCGAUAGCGUCAAGAGAGGGUUGGGCAUGCACGGAGGUUCUAGCAGACAGCUAGUGGAAGCUGCCGCAGUAACAUGUGUUAAACUUUGCAAGGCCUCUACUUACAUAAACAUAUUAGAUUCGAACAAUGUUGCCUUUACCUUGGUACAAAAUGUGAUAAACGACUUGAAGGCCCUCCUCUUCAAUCCAUGCAAACCCUUCUCGCGUGGGCAGAAUUACAUUGCGCAAGACAUUGAUCUCAUGAUCGAUUGCUUCAUAAGUUGCUUUCGCAUCAAACCCCACAACAACGAAGCGCUGAAAGUCUGUUUGAACUUAAACUUUCCUUCGACUUAUCAGUUCGUCCUGGUCAGUUCGUUGUACAAGAUAAUCACACAGCCAAGAUUACUUUGGUGGCCCCAGAUAGAUCUUGUCUAUUCACGCAGCGCAGAACUGAGAGCCAUGUUCACCGAUGCUCUGAACAAGGUUGCUCAGGGUUACAUAUCGCACGCUCCGUUACGCAUGAUCCAGAGCUUGACACUCAAAGGCAAGGAACAAAGCAAGUACAAGGAUCGGGGAGAAGACAUAUCCGGAUACAGGAAUCUCCUUCUUUGGAUGGUGCGACUGAUUCACGCCGAUCCCAUGUUGAUGUUGAAUAAUCAAGGGAAAGCGGGCCAUGAAAUACAAAGCUCGACUCUCGAGCUGAUCAACGGACUAGUUUCUCUGGUUCAUCAGCCAACGAUGCCAGAUGUUGCGCACGAGGCGAUGGAAGCUCUACUGGUUCUGCACCACCCUGACAAAAUUAAGGCGUGGAAUCCCGAAGCUCCAAUAAACACAUUCUGGGAUGUCAGUUCUCAAGUCCUUUUCUCCAUAUCACAAAAACUGAUCCAACACCAAAUAGUAAAUUACACAGACAUACUGAAGUGGCUUAGAGAAAUACUCGUCUGUAGAAACGCUUUCCUUACCCAAAACAAAGACUAUGCCAACGUUGGCAGUCAAAUCGCCAUCUGUAAACAAGCUCACAUUAAGUUGGAGGUGGUUUUCUUCAUGUAUUUAUGGAGCAUUGACAUGGAAGCAGUUUUAGUCGCAAUGUCAUGCUUUGCACUCCUCUGUGAAGAAGCCGACAUCCGUUGUGGCAGUGACGAGGUAGCAGUAACGUGCCUUUUACCAAACUACCACUUGUACAUUGAACUUGCUCAGGCGUCGACAAUCCUGACAACUGCCAGCGGAGAGAGUAGGAUUUAUUAUCAUGAACACAAUCACGGUCGUGCUGCUCUGCAAAAAAGGAUUAUGACACUACUUAGAAAAAUAGAACACUGCGUCAAUGGUGUGCAACCUGCUUGGGAAGAGACAUUCAGAAACUGGGAAUUGGCUUGUCGGCAAUUGUCAAAUUACCGUAAAACAAAAUCCGAGGAUCCACAGACUGAACCAUCGCACCGUAGCACUGGAAAACGGAGAGCUUCCCACCAGAAUUCGGAGCACGAGUUAGAGGAACAGAUAAACGAAUGGGCAAACAUGACUGGAUUUUUAUGUGCGAUGGGCGGUGUGUGUCUCCAGAGGAGAUCGCCCAGCAGGCCGGUGUCCGGUCUAGUUUCAAACUCUGAGACAAAGAGAAGCAAUACCUUAGCAAAUCCAAACCAGGAAGUACAGUACUGCCCGGUAACACAGUUUGUAUUCAAUCUCCUGAGGCUGUUGAUAUGCAACAACGAAAAGUUUGGCGCACAGAUACAAAAGCACGUCAAGGAGUUGGUGGGACACGAAAUGAGCCCAGCCUUGUACCCGAUAUUGUUUGACCAAAUAAAGAGCAUUGUAGAAAAGUUCUUUGACCAGCAAGGGCAGGUUGUUGUUUCGGAUCUGAACACGCAGUUUAUCGAGCACACAAUAUUUAUUAUGAAAAACGUUUUGGACUCGAAAACUGAUCAGCCAUCUGAACAUCUCGGGGUAACCAGCAUCGAAGGGAUGAUGCUUGCGAUUGUCAGAUAUGUCAGGCAUUUGGACAUGACCGUUCACGCAAUACAUAUUAAAACCAAAUUGUGUCAGUUGGUGGAGGUCAUGAUGAAGCGGCGCGACGAUUUGGCCUUCAGACAGGAAAUGAAGUUCAGGAAUAAGUUGGUAGAGUAUCUCACAGAUUGGGUAAUGGGCACCAGUCAUCAAAUUGCACCUCCCAGUGGCGGCGAUGUGACUGUUAUCACUAGUAUUUACUCUAGGGAUUUGGACCAGGCAUGUAUGGAGGCUGUUGGAGCGCUGUUACGUGGAUUACCCCUUCAACCCGAGGAGUCAGAUAGAGGUGACCUAAUGGAGGCAAAGUCACAACUCUUCCUGAAGUACUUUACCCUAUUCAUGAAUUUGCUGAAUGACUGCAGUGAAUCGACUGAAGAAAAAGAGGUUGUAACGAGGCAAAGAGUGACCGCCGGGAAACUGUCCACUCUUCGGAAUGCUACAAUUCAAGCAAUGAGCAAUCUCCUCAGUGCUAACAUUGAUAGCGGCCUUAUGCAUUCGAUUGACCUCGGCUACAACAGAGACCUUCAAACACGCGCCGCGUUCAUGGAAGUACUUACGAAAAUCCUUCAGCAAGGUACAGAGUUUGAUACUCUAGCCGAAAAUGUGCUGGCCGAUAGAUUGGAACAGCUUGUCCAGCUCGUUACCAUGAUCAGUGACAAGGGAGAGUUGCCAAUCGCUAUGGCCCUUGCCAACGUGGUCACUACCAAUCAGAUGGACGAAUUGGCGAGAGUGUUCGUCACCUUGUUUGACGCAAAGCAUUUGCUGUCACCUCUCCUUUGGAAUAUGUUUUACCGCGAGGUUGAAGUCUCUGACUGCAUGCAAACCCUCUUCAGAGGGAAUAGUCUGGGAAGCAAAAUCAUGGCAUUCUGUUUCAAAAUAUAUGGUGCUAGCUACUUGCAGAGCUUGUUGGAACCUUUAAUAAAACCAUUGCUAGAGGAUCCGGUGACCCACUUUGAAGUUGACAGUGCGCGGAUCGACAUUAACGAAGACAUUGAAAAAAACGGGCGAAAUUUAAUAGCUCUUACUCAAAGAGUAUUUGACGCUAUUGUGUCGUCAGCAGACAAAUUCCCUCCACAGUUACGAUCGAUGUGUCACUGUUUGUACCAAGUGCUGAGCAAGAGAUUCCCACAGUGCCCACAAAAUAAUAUCGGAGCUGUGGGUACGGUAAUAUUUUUGCGAUUCAUCAAUCCAGCGAUUGUUUCGCCGCAAGAAAUGGGGAUAGUCAGUAAGCAAGUUCCUACACCGGUCAAGAGAGGCCUGAUGCUAAUGUCCAAAAUUCUGCAGAACAUCGCGAAUCAUGUGGAAUUUAGUAAAGAGCAGCACAUGCUCCCGUUCAAUGACUUCCUUAGAGCACACUUUGAAAUUGGCAGGAGAUUCUUCAUACAAAUUGCUUCUGACUGCGAAACAGUGGAUCAGGCGAAUCAUCCUAUGUCUUUCAUAUCAGAUACCAAUGUUUUGGCUUUGCACAGACUUCUGUGGAAUCACCAGGAGAGGAUUGGAGAUUAUUUGAGCAGCAGCCGAGACCAUAAAGCCGUUGGCAGGAGGCCGUUUGACAAGAUGGCUACAUUACUGGCUUAUUUAGGACCUCCAGAGCACAAGCCGGUAGAUUCAAAUUUGCUAUUUUCAUCCUUCGAUCGAUGGUCAAGUAUCGACAUGUCAUCAACAAACUUUGAGGAAAUCAUGGUAAAGCAUAACAUGCAUGAAAAGGAAGAGUUCAAAAGUAUCAAAAGUUUGAAUAUUUUCUAUCAAGCUGGAACAAGCAAGCAAGGCUAUCCUGUGUUCUACUAUAUUGCUCGGAGAUACAAAAUUGGUGAAACAAACGGCGACCUGUUGAUCUAUCACGUGAUACUUACUCUGAAGCCAUUUUGUCACUCACCAUUUGAGCUUGUAGUAGAUUUUACUCAUACUUGUUCGGACAAUCGUUUCAGGACGGAAUUUUUGCAGAAAUGGUUUUACGUUCUUCCCGAAGUGGCGUAUGAGAACAUUCACGCGGCUUAUAUAUAUAAUUGCAAUAGCUGGGUCCGCGAGUACACAAAGUUUCACGAUAGAAUUCUAGCCCCUUUGAAGGGGAAUCGAAAGGUGGUAUUCAUAGAAGCUCCCGGGAGGCUGAACGAUCUGAUCGAUCUUGAACAGCAAAAAUUACCUGGUGCGACAUUGUCCCUAGACGAAGAUCUCAAGGUGUUCAACAAUGCGCUCAAACUCUCGCACAAGGACACAAAAGUUGCCAUUAAAGUUGGCCCUACCGCAAUUCAAAUAACUUCUGCUGAAAAAUGCAAAGUUCUGUCUCACGCGGUGUUAUUGAACGACGUUUAUUACGCUUCUGAAAUAGAGGAGGUCUGCUUGGUCGAUGAUAACCAGUUCACGCUCACAAUAGCCAAUGAAUCUGGACCUCUUUCUUUCAUACACAACGACUGUGAUAGCAUAGUGCAAGCUAUUAUUCAUAUAAGGAAUCGGUGGGAGCUUUCCCAGCCAGAUUCCGUAACUGUACACCAAAAAAUACGCCCUAAAGACGUGCCUGGUACUCUGCUGAACAUGGCUCUUCUGAAUCUCGGUAGUUCAGAUCCGAACCUGAGAACAGCGGCGUACAAUCAGCUUUGCGCACUGACGGCGACGUUUGAUCUCAAGAUAGAAGGACAGCUAUUAGAGACUUCAGGUCUGUGUAUUCCCUCCAAUAACACAAUUUUUAUUAAAUCAGUUAGUGAAAAACUAGCGACAAACGAACCACAUUUGACACUGGAGUUCCUCGAGGAGUGUAUUCAAGGCUUCAGGGUAUCAAAUAUAGAGUUGAAGCAUUUGUGCCUAGAGUAUAUGACCCCGUGGCUGGUGAAUCUCGUGAGGUUUUGCAAACCCUCUGACGAGAGCAAGCGUCAGAAACAGGUAACUCAGAUAUUGGAGAAGCUGAUAACUCUGACUAUUGAAGAGGUCCAAAUGUAUCCUAGUAUACAAGCAAAGAUUUGGGGGAGUAUAGGUCAGGUACCAGAGCUGAUCGAUAUGGUCCUAGACAACUUCAUACAACGGAGUGUUAGAUAUGGGCUUGGAACAGCCAUGGUCGAAAUUAUGGCUGACACGGCCGUCGCUCUGGCUUCGGCGAAUGUUCAGUUAGUGGCGAAAAAGGUCAUUGGACGACUUUGCAGGGUCGUUGACAAGACGUGCACCUCUCCAACUGCUUUGCUGGAGCAGCACGCAAUGUGGCAUGACAUUGCCAUUCUGGCCCGAUACUUGCUCAUGCUAUCCUUCAACAAUUGCUUGGACGUGGGGCGGCAUCUUCCGUACCUGUUUCACACUGUAACCUUCUUAGUUUGCUCCGGGAGUUUGAGCAUGAGGGCAUCGACUCAUGGAUUAGUGAUUAACAUUAUUCAUUCCUUGUGUACCUGUACCAAACCCUCCUUUUCAGAGGAUACUCAAAGAGUGCUAAGACUUAGUUUGGACGAGUUUUCCCUCCCAAAGUUCUACCUGCUAUUUGGUAUAAGCAAAGUUAAGUCAGCUGCCGUUACUGCCUUUAGGUCAAGCUACAGGCAUUCCAAUGAAAAGUGGUUUGGAAAUGAACGCAGCUUGUCCGGUGGACAGGACAGAGAAAGGUUGGCUCUCACUAGUUUAGAGGUGAUCACCGAUGCACUUCUUGAAAUAAUGGAGGCCUGUAUGAGGGACAUUCCUGACUGUGAUUGGCUCCAGACUUGGACAACCUUAGCAAAGAGUUUCGCCUUUUGUUUCAAUCCAGCUCUACAGCCCAGAGCUCUCAUCGUCUUUGGCUGUAUAAGUAAGAGCAUUACAGAUCAAGAUAUAAAACAAUUGUUAAGGAUACUUGUCAAGGCCCUCGAAAGUUUCGACGACAUUAUUCUUCUCGAGGCUAUAGUUAUGUGUUUGACUCGACUUCAACCCCUUCUUAGGCCCGAAUCUCCGAUACAUCGUUCCCUCUUCUGGGUUGCAACCUCGGUGUUACAACUCGAUGAGGCUUCUCUUUAUGCAUCUGGGCUGGCAUUACUUGAACAGAACUUGCAUACACUUGAUUCUCAAGGGAUAUUCGAUGAUAAGACUUUGGAACAAGUUAUGAUGUCUACUCGGGAGCCUUUAGAAUGGCAUUUUAAGCAACUGGACCACGCAGUUGGUCUGUCCUUCAAAACAAACUUCCACUUUGCUCUGGUAGGGCAUUUAUUGAAGGGCUAUCGACAUCCGACUCCUACAACUGUUUCCAGAACAGCGAGAGUGCUGACUAUGCUAUUGGCCAUUGUUGCUAAACCCCUUAGGCGAGACAAGUUUGAAGUGACACUGGACAGUGUGGCUUAUCUAGCUGCCUUGGUGUCGGUCUCUGAAGAAGUACGCAGUAGGUGUCAUAUUCGCCAUUCGUUGGGUCGCGCAGUUGCAGAAUCCGGAAGCACUGACUUCCUAGAUACUCUAGUGCCGCACAAUACCGAUUCUACUGGCGGCAUGACGAAUCCCGCGAAUCGAAGGCAAAAGUCGUGGGAUCUCCUGGAUCAAUCGGCAAUCACACAAGCGAAACAGCAGAAGCAGCACACGCCGCAUCAGACUGGCCGCAUUUUAUUUAAAACACAGAGAUCGUUCUCCGUGCCGACCACGAAGGAGGCCAAGCCGAUCAACGACUCGGAAGCGAAGAAUCGAAGUGCUAGAGUUAGCGUCAGUAACGAAAAUAACGUACUACUGGACCCCGAGGUGCUGACGGAUUUCCCCACUCAAACACUGGUACUCACCGUUCUGGCCACGCUAGUCAAGUAUUCCACAGAUGAAAACGAGACCAGAAUUCUUUAUCAAUACCUUGCAGAGGCCUCAGUCGUAUUUCCAAAGGUGUUUCCAGUUAUCCACAAUCUACUGGAUGCCAAAAUCACCAGCGUUUUAUCUUCCUGUCACGACCAAGUGAUACUGAGUGCAGUCCAGGCUAUUAUUCAGAAUAUGAUAGCCUGCGAGGAUACGAGUCAACAGCAAUUGCAUUUUUUGCAAAGUUGUGGUUUUGGUGGGUUGUGGAGAUUCGCUGGGCCUUACACGAAGUGUAACCCGACCGCUGAGAGUGCUGAACUAUUCGUCAACUGCUUGGAAGCAAUGGUCGAGACUUGUCUGCCGGUUGAAGAAGGUGAAGGUAUGUUCAACAGCGAGCAAAGUUCGAGGGAUGAGCGGGUGAGCAUUGGUGAUAGUCAAUACUCUAGCACGUUGGGAGUCAAUUCUGUAUCGACCAUGAACGUGGCUGCAACCAGUUCCAGCAGUUUGAACAUGGUUAGUCCGAUAGAGAAAGAGAGCGAUAUACUCAGUACAACGUCGCUCGACCGCUACCACACACGAGGAAGAAAGGCAAGCUUGACCACGGGUAUCUUGAUUCCAGCCAGUAGCAGCAAUGGGACAGGAGGCAUACAUCUCGCCUAGCAAUUAGCCCAGAACCCUGGCAGCCCGCACGGGGAGCAGAGCUCUGAUCAACAAAACAGUCAAAAGUUGCAGCAGCAGAUGAGGAACCCAAACAUUCUGGCUCCAUGUUACUGCUGCUACAUGUCCAGCCAGAUGAACCCAGUGCCGUCCGCCUCACACUGAUGAGCCUACUACCUGAAAACUUUAGCUACUACUGUAGUUCCAUAUUUUUUUAUGCUACAGCGGUGAGUAACUUUGCAUCUCAUCUUCCUCCAACCUACAAGCGUUUAUAUAUGAUACAUAUACAUACAUACAUAUAUAUAUAUAUGUGUGUGUGUGUGUAUAUACAUCAUUAUGCCGGUAAACAAUCAUCGAGUCGUGGAUCCGGGACGAUCCCUCGAUUAUGCGCUACGAAGAGGUAUUUCAGUUAUUUCAGCUUGUGAAAUGCUUAGAAAUUGGAAUGAUCAGCUUCGCGGGCUAUUUAUCAUUGUUCACAAUAUAGUUCGUAUGUUAUCGAUUGGGUUAGAAAUAUUUUGCUAAUGAAGUCAAGCAUGACUGUUUUGUGUUUGGUUUUUAUUUUUAAAGCUCAAAUUGAGCUUCAUAAUUUGGUUAAUUGACAGAAAGAAAUUAAGUUUUUCAAUGGUCACCUACAAGUUGUUAAGUAGAAAUUCAAAAAUGCUGCAGAUACCACACGAUGUGCAUGCCUGCUCUGGCUUACAGAAUAUAGAAAUAUUUUGGUAAUAAAAAUGAAGAGAAAUAAUAGCAGUGCUCACGGCGAGGCUCAACUUGCAUAGAAAUCAAGUGACCUGUGACCGCUUCAUCUAUAAUAAAAAAAAAGAAGUUAAAUAAUAAAACUAGAAAAAAUAAAUAAAAACAUUUCAAUUGGCACUGGUACCAUCAUAUAAAUAUUACACUAGUUGUUGUCUUCAAUGUUGAAUAUGUGUAUACAUGUUAUAGUAUGCCAUUCACGGACAGAUUUGAAGGCAAGAAGUCAUGUGAUGUUAAAAUAUCGAGCAUGGCUUUUCCACAGACAUGAUAUUCGAUGAAAACAAAAUAUAUACAUAGUAAACGUUACAUUUCACGAGUAUUUUUAAUAACUCAAACUUUAGAAAACUUUCUCACGCAGUAUUAGUCGCAAUAUGAAAAGUAGUGAAAAUUAUUGUUACACAAGCGGUGCUGCGUGUCCAAUUUUGUGGCCUAAGUGUGGUGAAGUUUGAGUGUUACAAAUGGUGGCUGAUUGUGAGACAGAUGUUUUAAAUCAACAUUUCGUAGAAAAUUCAUUAGUUCUUAUCUUCUUUUUUACAAUUGAAAAUAAAGACAUGUAAAUAUCUGUUUCAUUAGUAGUGUGAGGCAGUGUGAAGAUGCGAAUAGCAGAAAAGAUUAUCAAUUAGUGAGUUAAAGCUGGUUGAAAUUAUCGGGUGCAGAUAAAUGAUUAUUUUCUGAAAUUCUGCCAGUUACGUUCAUGCGGCAGGCUAUUCCAACUGCGUUCUACCAAAGCGAUAGUGUAAACAAUCAAAGAUAAAUUAGAUAGAAUAUGUAUAGUAUAUGUAAACAAAACGUAAUGUUUGUUUUACAUAUCACUCGCGAAUUCGAGCGAGCUAAAAACGUGUAAAACAAUCCAUACGAUUGUCAACGAAUAUAAUGCAUACGAGAAUUUCGAGGGGUGACAUUAAUGAAUUUCAAAGCAUGUCAGUUUGAUCACAAACAGUAGAAUAAUAAUUAGGUUAAAUCCAAGUCACCUUUGCCUUCAUUUUUGACUAGAUAUAUUAUUUUUUAUGAAGCAAUAUGUACUGUCACAGACACGCACGCACAUACACCGAAAUACACACACAUUCGCCAAGGCAAUAUUUUUUCUGAGGAAGCUAAUUAGUUAUGCCUUUACAACUAUAUAUACGUGUAUAUUAAAUCCACAUUCCUUCGAACCCGCAAAUUAGACUCUGUACAAAACUUAGAGUUUUGUGGAAUAUAAUAUCGGCAUUGUCUUUAUGGUGCUUGAAAUGGGUUUUAAUAUUUCAGAACGAACAGCAAGCACUCCUACUGAUAUGAAUCGUUAAUAGAUGAUGUGUGGGAAAGUAUUGGGAUAACAGUUUAUUAACGAUCAAUGAAAUAGUUCCAAACGCUGUACGUACAUUGAUGUAAAAGUAUAUAUUAGAUAUUAUUAUAUAUGUACGAAAUAUAACAAAAUUAUAUGAUUGCUGAAUAUUUUUUAUGAUAAAAGAAGAAAAUAAAAUGAAAAUGAAUUUAUUGAUUAACAAAUAGAAAAUUUUUUAAAAUAGACGUUAUAAUAAGAGCACAGAUUCACGAUUAGAGUUACAAAAAUGUAUGACAGUGUUUAGUAUGGAUGGGUGUUCCUGAUCCUUUUAUUUGUGAGAUACAUAAUAAUUUGAAUAUAUAUUUUCAACAAAUGCAACAAGUUAGGCCUAUGAGUUAAAGCAUUGACUAAAGUUAUGCAGAGUCCGACUGUCUUAUAUCGAGUGGCUCUAGAGAUAAUUUUAGUUUCUUACUUUUGUGGACUCGAUUAUUGACGUAAAUUAAGUACGCAACUGCAAAAUAAUGCAAUCUUAUUUUUGCUAGUACACUAAAAUCUCUGAACACUAAUCCAAUAAAGAUUGGCCGUUUUACGUAUUUUCAGCCAAUAAAUAAAGUUUUUUUGCAGCUGCGUACUUGAUUCACGUCUAAUUCUCUCAAAAUGUAAUGUAUUUACUAUUUAUUAUAUUUAAGAUUCUUAUUAUUAUUAUUAAUAUUACCAAUUAUAAUGGUAUCAUUAAUAUCUUGAUUUAUAUUAUUAUUGUAAAAUAGAGGUUUAUUAUACUUACAUAUAAACAUGGUACAAUUAUUAUUAUGAUUAUUAUUAUUAUUAUUACAAUGUUAAUGCUUAACAUUUUUAAGGAAUUACUUCACUACUGGUAUUUUUACGUGUAAGUACCAAAUGCAGGUACCACGUACUGUACAUACAUUACUUUAAUAAAAAAAGUGAGGAUGAAAA